GAUGUUGUCCCAGCUGGCAGCAGCCUGGAGAGCUGGAUGUUCCUCAAGCCUGAGCCUGGAUUUUCAGAGCUGGAAAAGAAGCUGAAGAGCUUUUCCCAGAAGAGUGCCGUGCUGAAGGAAGUGCUGCUGGAAUUCAAGGAGAACCUUCGCUUCGAGCUGGAGAACGACACAGGUGACCUCUCUCUGGAUCCCGACACGGCCAACCCGUACCUGGUCCUCUCGGAGGACAAACGCAGCGUCCGACUCCGCGGGGCCCCCCAGGAGCUGCCGGCGCACCCCAAGCGUUUCGACUACGCCUUCUGCGUCUUGGCCGCCGAGGGCUUCGCCGCGGGACGCCACUACUGGGAGGUGGAGGUGGGCGACGGCGAGAGUUGGGGGCUGGGAGCCGCGCGCGAGUCCGUGCGGCGCAAGGAGAAGGUCGACUUCGCCCCCGAAGAAGGGAUUUGGGCGGUGGGGCUCAACUGGAAGGGUAAAAAUUGGGAUCAGUACCAAGCGUUCACCUCGCCGGAGACGCCGCUGUCGCUGUGCGAGCGGCCGCGGAAAAUCGGGGUCUACUUGGACUACGAGGGCGGUUGGGUCGCCUUCUACAACGCCGACAACAUGGCGCCCAUCUUCACCUUCACCGCCGCCUUCUCCGAGCGCAUCUUCCCCUUCUUCUGGCUCUUCUACGUGGGGUCCUCGCUCUCCCUGUGCAACUGA